AAAAUAUGUAUUAAUUAUGGAGAUUCAUCAAGAGGGGUGUAGUAAGCUAGCCCCACAUGGUUGGAGGUGUAAUCAUUGGAUAUUUUGGAAUAGGAAUUAUCAGCUAUUAUAAUAGCGAUAUACAAUUUAAUUAUGUGAGAAUAAUAAUAAUAUCCUCAAUAGGGAGAAUAUAAUGAACCUCAUUCACACAAUCAUGGUGAGCAAGUUAGAUAAUAUUGUGAAUCAACUUUAUUGAAGAUUAGAUCACAAAUAAAUGAACUCAGAGAAUAACAUUGAAACAAUCUGAAUGAUAAUUAUAUAAUAUACACAAUCAUAAAAAUAUCA